UUCUUGCCAUACUAUUUUCUCUCUUUCUUGUCAUGUACAAGUAUUGUAUGUACUUUUAAAAAGCUUAAACACUAAAUGCUUUUUCUUUCCCAUAAAUACUGAAUUUAUUGAAAUUUUAAAUGUAAUUACUUCUAGUUUACAUUUUAUAUUCUCAUAUAUUUGUUUUAUUUGAUACCUUGUUUAUUAUCUGGUCUCACGGCUUCAAAAUUUAUAUAUUUCCUGCUCACCAAUGCCCAUGAUGACCCGUAGGAACGGGAAACGGCGAAAAUAUGAAGUCAAACAAUCGCCAUCCUCUCCUUUACCAGAAUCAUCUCAACAACCAUCUACAUCAACAAAUACCUCUACCUCUUCUGAAUCAGUUCCAAGGGUAUUACCGUCAACCACAACAUUCCAAUCACCAUCUACAACGACGGUUACUACCACUACAACUGCAACUACAUCUUCACCAACAUUAAGUAAUGAUACAUCACCUUUGUCUUCAUCCCAUCGAACCUCGACACAGCCAACAACACCUUCACCCCGAUGUGCAUCUCCCAUACCUCUAGGAUCUACUAAUCAAUCACCAAAAGAUAAUACCACAAGUCAAGGACGAGUUGGAGGCGUUGGUAGUGGUAAUAAUGAAGAAUCAGUCCAUCAACAGCCAUCAACACCUAACAAAUCUGACUGUGCUCCAAACUGGUCUCUUGAUAAGAUUGCGAAUGAAGUAUGGUUUACUAUAUUUUCUUACUUAUUGGAGCAAGAUUUGUGCCGUGUUUCUCAAGUUUGCCUAAGAUUUCAUACUAUUGCCAAUGACUGUGAGCUUUGGAAAAAUUUGUAUAGUAGUGUUUUUGAAUACGAUUUACCUCUGUUCCGCAAGGGACCAACUGACUUUGAAUUUAUAUCUCCUGAAGAUAGUGACUUUCCUAACCCUUGGAAAGAAAGUUUUAGACAAUUGUAUGGAGGUGCUCACGUUAGACCCGGUUAUCAAGAAUUGACAGAAAGGAAUUCACUGAGAUACAAAGGAAGAAAUGUUGUCUACUUUGACACAGUGGAAAAAGCAGUCAAUUAUUGUGAAGAAACCGAAGGGCUACAUGAGGUUGAUACAUCUCUAACCUCAGGAAAUUUCAAUAAUACCUCAAGUGGACAUUCAAGUGGUUCUCCUUCCACCGUUAGCUCAAACCUAAGAAAAGAUGAUACAACAACCAAAGACAACUUUAAUCCACCGCUCAUAUUUAUUCAUUCGGGAAAAUACAAACCUGAAGGACUUUUCAUUGAUUCUUCUAUUGCAAUGAUUGGAGCAGCUCCGGGAAAUGUGGCAGAAAAUGUAAUCCUAGAAAAAAACUCGGACUCAACUAUUACUUUUAUAGAGGGAUCCCGUCGAGCUUAUUUGGGUUAUGUUACUCUAAAAUUUACUCCUGACACAACCUCAUGUGUACCUCAUCAUAAACAUUACUGCCUCGAAAUUACCGAAAGAUGUUCACCCACUAUUGAUCAUUGUAUAAUACGAAGUUCCUCAGCAGUUGGAGCUGCAGUCUGUGUUAGUGGACCAGAAGCAUCUCCAAUAAUCAAACAUUGUGACAUAUCUGGAUGUGAAAAUGUUGGGUUGUAUAUUACUGACCAUGCCAAGGGUGUUUACGAAGACAAUGAAAUAAGUCGAAAUGCUUUAGCCGGUGUUUGGGUUAAGAACCAUGCAAGUCCGAUUAUGCGUCGAAAUCAUAUUCACAAUGGUCGGGAUGUUGGUGUUUUUACAUUUGAUAACGGUUUAGGUUAUUUUGAAGCCAAUGAUAUUCACAACAAUAGAAUAGCUGGUUUCGAAGUUAAAGCUGGUGCCAAUCCAACUGUGGUGGGAUGUGAAAUUCACCAUGGUCAAACAGGAGGAAUUUAUGUUCAUGAGAAUGGCGGGGGACAAUUUAUCGAGAACCGUAUCCAUUCAAACAAUUUCGCUGGUGUAUGGAUAACUUCACAUAGUGAUCCUACUAUUCGGAGAAAUGAAAUUUAUAAUGGACAUCAAGGUGGUGUCUACAUUUUUGGGGAAGGUCGAGGGCUGAUAGAGCAAAAUAACAUUUAUGGAAACGCAUUGGCAGGAAUUCAAAUUAGAACUGCUAGUGAUCCAAUAGUUCGCCAUAACAAGAUCCAUCAUGGUCAACAUGGAGGUAUCUAUGUCCACGAAAAAGGUCAAGGAUUGAUUGAAGAAAAUGAAGUUUAUGCAAAUACAUUAGCCGGAGUAUGGAUAACAACCGGAUCUACCCCUGUGUUGAGGAAAAAUCGUAUUCACAGUGGUAAGCAAGUUGGAGUCUACUUUUACGACAAUGGUCAUGGUCGACUUGAAGAGAAUGAUAUCUUCAAUCAUCUUUAUUCCGGAGUACAAAUACGAACUGGAAGCAAUCCAAUGAUCAAGAAAAAUAAAAUUUGGGGUGGACAAAAUGGGGGAGUUCUUGUUUACAAUGGAGGUCUUGGAACUCUAGAACAAAAUGAAAUUUUUGACAAUGCAAUGGCCGGAGUGUGGAUUAAAACUGAUUCCUGUCCAACUCUUCGGCGUAAUAAAAUCUAUGAUGGCCGGGAUGGUGGUGUUUGCAUUUUUAAUGGUGGAAAAGGUAUUCUCGAAGAAAAUGACAUCUUCCGAAACGCUCAAGCUGGAGUUCUCAUUUCAACUCAAAGUCAUCCAGUUCUUAGGCGAAAUCGUAUUUUUGAUGGUUUAGCUGCUGGUGUAGAAAUAACCAAUAAUGCUUCGGCUACUCUCGAAUUCAAUGAAAUCUUCAACAAUCGUUUUGGUGGUCUUUGUUUGGCCAGUGGUGUAAGUCCACUACUGAAAGGUAACAAAAUAUACGACAACCACAACGCUGUACAAAAAGCUGUCUCCAAUGGCCAGUGUCUUUAUAAAAUAUCAAGCUAUACAAGUUUUCCGAUGCAUGAUUUUUAUCGAUGUCGGACUUGUAACACAUCAGAUCGGAACGCUAUUUGUGUCAACUGUAUAAAUACUUGUCACGCAGGACACGAUCACGAAUACAUCAGGCAUGAUCGAUUUUUCUGUGAUUGUGGAGCUGGAUCAUUAUCAAAUCAAUGCCAUUUACAAGGUGAACCCACUCAGGAUACCGACACUUUGUACGACUCUGCUGCUCCUAUGGAAUCUCACACUUUAAUGGUCAAUUGACACCACGCAUUUUCACCAAUAGCCGAUUAAUUUUUCUAUUUAAUCAUUCAUCCAAUUAAUCAAUCUGCUUUUUCCAUCAUAUCUCAUCGAACUACUUGCCAUCUCUACUUUUACAUAUAUACAUAUUAUAUAUAUAUUAUUUGCGCAAAAAUCCCUUGUCCCCUGAAACCAAUAUUGUCAUUUUAUCUCAUCAAAUUGUAGUUCUAAUCAUUUUCAUCUUACCUUAUCUAACGGUAACCUACCUAAUCCUUAUUUCGCCAUCUUUCUCUAUCAUUCUUAGCCAUUCACAUUCAUCCUAACAUCAAUGAGUGAUACUCUAUCAACUUUUCUGGUCACCCCAACCCUAACUCUUCCUCUCUUUUAUUUACUCUCUCAUCUGCUUUUAUCAAGCUACUUUAACGCCGAUCUUGAGAAAAUCUGAUCUUGUAUUUUCUUUGAAAAAACAAGAUUAUUUCAUUACGCAUAUUAAAGUGUUCGAAAAGGUGGUUCCUAACGACCAAGAAAAUUGAAGAGCAAAAUAAUUCAUCAACAUUUUGGUUACCACUUUGAACUUUAUCCGAAUCGAAAAGAAUAACCUCAAAAAUGCAAAUUUUCACCAAUAACUCCAGUUUGUCUUCAUGGAAACUUAUUUUUUAGAUUUACCGCUUAAAUCAUUGAAAGUACUCUUCAUAUUACCCUUCCGAUCAAAUCAUGUCCUAAAUGAUCUCAUUUAAGAAAGAAAUUCACUCCAUUUUUGUGGUUUUUAUAUUUUUAAUUGGAUUCAAGCUCAUUGUAGGGUCUAAAAGAUUUCAAUGAUUAUUUACAAAUUUCAAGUUUCUAGCUUAAUUGAAACCAAAUUUUAACCAACUUUUUUGAACACUGAUUUAUGUGCCGCUAAUUUACUAAUAGCUUAGUAAUUAUUAAAGUAGACCUAAACAGUUCAAUUUUUUUGUCUUAUUUGAAUUACUUGGAAAGUAAUACAAUGACCGCUACAAUAAUGACCUCAUUUACCCUUAUAAAUAUUACAAACCCUUGUCCACAAGUAAUAACUCCACUUUGGCUCUUGAUGUUUCUUCAGUUGCCAAAGCAAUAACAAUUUACAUUACUUGAAUAAUAAAUAUUACACCUUUUUAUCUGAAA